AUGUCCUUCGAUUUUGAAGCCUAUUUCCACGAGCAUGACCCAGCUGCGACCUGGUCCAUACGCCCUCUGACCGGGGGCAUCGUCAACGUCACGGUUCGAGCAGUAAGAUCGGCAUUGAUUCGCCCUAUAGAAACGACGCAGGGUGGAACUGAGAAGGGAAGUCAAGAAUUUCGUGAUCCAGGGAAAUUUUCUGGACAAUCGAAGCCAAUACGUUGGCUCUUUUCGCAAUUCGAUAGCCCAUUGGUUCCUCUUCCACGCGCGUCUGAUGUUCUCGUUCCCCGGCUCAUUCACCAUGAUAAAGAUUCUCAUCUGCUCAUCAUCGAAGAUUUGGGGAACCUAACUCCACUGUCAGAUUACUUAUCUCCGCCACCCCCCGGAGAGAAUCAAUGUCAAUUCCAGGCGAUUUUGUCUAAUGGAAAUUUAUGGCGCUCAAUCGGUCGAAGGUUGGGACAUUUCUUUGCUAACCUACAUUCGAAUCGACGCUUGAGGCCGUUACAACAUACUUUGGAGCAACCGAUCUGCCGGGCUUUAUAA